GGCAGGGCGAUGGGGCGCGGCGGCCGGCGCAGGCCCCGCGCGCGCCCGAGCCCCGAGGGCCCCCCGCGCGGCCCCCGCAGCGCCCCCCUCUUCUCGGCCGGGUCGCGGGCCCCCCAGUGAGCGGCCAUGGCCAACGGAGCGAUCCCGCCGCCCGGGGGCGCCUCCCCCCUCCCCCAGGUCCGGGUGCCCUUGGAGGAGCCGCCUCUGAGUCCAGACCUGGAGGAGGACGACGACUUGGGCAAGACCUUGGCUGUGAGCAGGUUUGGGGACCUCAUCAGCAAGCCCCCGGCCCGGGACCCCGAGAAGCCCAGCCGCAGCUACAGCGAGCGGGACUUUGAGUUUCACCGGCACACAUCCCACCACACCCACCACCCGCUCUCGGCGCGCCUGCCUCCGCCCCACAAGCUGCGGCGACUGCCCCCCACCUCUGCCCGGCAGACCAGAAGGAAGAGGAAGAAGGAGAGAACCUCGGCUCCCCCCUCCGAGGGGACCCCUCCCAUCCAGGAGGAGGGGGGAGCUGGAGUGGAGGAGGAGGAGGAGGACGAUGAGGAGGAAGAGGAAGGGGAAUCUGAGGCAGAGCCCGCGGAGCCCCCGCCCUCAGGGUCUCCCCAGAAAGCAAAGUUCUCCAUCGGCAGCGAUGAGGAGGACAGCCCUGGCCUCUCCGGGAGGGCCGCCUGCGCCAAGCCCCCAGCCUCGGGGGGCCCUGGCUCUGACAAGAGCGCCCCGCCGGCAGUCAGUCCAAGGCUGCCAUGGUGCCUCCUCAGCUCCUCGAGCCCCCGGGCGCGGGUCCCCCGAGUCGCUGGGGAGAAGAGCCGGCCCUGGAGCCCAUCGGCCAGCUACGACCUGCGGGAGCGGCUGUGCCCCGGCAGUGCCCUGGGCAGCCCAGGUGGCCCGGAGCAGCAGGUGCCCACCGAUGAGGCAGAGGCCCAGAUGCUGGGCUCCGCGGACCUGGAUGACAUGAAGAGUCACCGGCUGGAGGACAACCCUGGUGUGCGGCGGCACCUAGUGAAGAAGCCGUCUCGGACGCAGGGCGGCAGGGGCAGCCCCGGUGGCCUGGCCCCAGUCCUGCGCAGGAAGAAGAAGAAGAAGCAGCUGGAUCGGAGGCCUCACGAGGUGUUUGUGGAGCUGAAUGAGCUGACGCUGGACCGCAGCCAGGAGCCCCACUGGCGGGAGACGGCGCGCUGGAUCAAGUUCGAGGAGGACGUGGAGGAGGAGACGGAGCGCUGGGGGAAGCCCCACGUGGCCUCGCUCUCGUUCCGCAGCCUCCUGGAGCUCAGGAGGACCAUCGCCCACGGAGCCGCCCUCCUGGACCUGGAGCAGACCACCCUGCCGGGGAUCGCGCACCUCGUGGUGGAGACCAUGAUCGUGUCUGACCAGAUCCGUCCGGAGGACAGGGCCAGUGUCCUGCGCACCCUCCUACUGAAACACAGCCAUCCCAAUGAUGACAAGGACAGCGGCUUCUUUCCCCGCAACCCCUCCAGCUCCAGCGUGAACUCGGUCCUGGGGAAUCAUCACCCAACCCCCAGCCACGGCCCUGACGGGGCGGUGCCCACCAUGUCCGAUGACGUCGGGGAGCCAGCCCCACUCUGGCCUCACGACCCCGAUGCCAAGGAGAAGCCCCUCCACAUGCCCGGGGGAGACGGUCACCGGGGAAAAAGUCUGAAGCUGCUGGAGAAGAUCCCCGAAGAUGCUGAGGCCACUGUUGUGCUCGUGGGCUGUGUGCCUUUCUUGGAGCAGCCGGCGGCAGCUUUUGUACGCCUGAAUGAGGCUGUGCUCUUGGAAUCUGUGCUUGAAGUCCCGGUGCCCGUUCGCUUCCUCUUUGUGAUGCUGGGUCCCAGCCACACCAGCACUGACUACCAUGAGCUUGGGCGCUCCAUCGCCACCCUCAUGUCCGACAAGCUGUUCCAUGAGGCCGCCUACCAGGCAGACGACCGGCAGGACCUCCUGAGCGCCAUCAGUGAGUUCCUGGACGGCAGCAUCGUGAUUCCUCCAUCCGAGGUGGAGGGCCGCGACCUGCUGCGCUCCGUGGCCGCCUUCCAGCGCGAGCUGCUGCGGAAGCGGCGGGAGCGGGAACAGACCAAGGUGGAGCUGACCACGCCGGGGAGCUAUGUGGCCCCCGGGAAAGAGCUGUCUUUGGAGCUGGGUGGCUCCGAGGCAACCCCCGAAGAUGACCCCCUGCUGCGGACUGGCUCGGUGUUCGGGGGGCUCGUGCGGGACGUGAAGCGCCGGUACCCACACUACCCCAGUGACCUGCGAGACGCCCUGCACUCCCAGUGCGUGGCAGCCGUGCUCUUCAUCUACUUCGCCGCCCUCAGCCCUGCCAUCACCUUCGGGGGGCUGCUAGGGGAGAAGACGGAAGGGCUGAUGGGCGUGUCGGAGCUGAUUGUGUCCACGGCGGUGCUUGGCGUCCUCUUCUCCCUACUGGGGGCCCAGCCGCUGCUUGUGGUCGGCUUCUCGGGGCCAUUGCUGGUCUUCGAAGAAGCCUUCUUCAAGUUCUGCCGAUCCCAGGACCUGGAGUACCUCACCGGCCGGGUGUGGGUCGGCCUGUGGCUGGUGGUCUUCGUCCUUGCCCUGGUGGCCGCUGAGGGCAGCUUCCUGGUCCGCUAUAUCUCACCUUUCACCCAGGAGAUCUUUGCCUUCCUCAUCUCGCUUAUUUUCAUCUAUGAGACCUUCCACAAGCUCUACAAGGUGUUCACGGAGCACCCACUGCUGCCAUUCUACCCCCCCGAGGGGGCUUUGGAGGCUGGGCUGGAGCUGAAUGGGAGUGCCCUGCCCCCCACCGAGGGGCCACCCGGCCCGAGGAACCAGCCCAACACGGCCCUGCUGUCCCUCAUCCUCAUGCUGGGGACCUUUCUCAUUGCCUUCUUCCUGCGGAAGUUCAGGAACAGCCGCUUCCUGGGUGGCAAGGCUCGCCGCAUCAUUGGGGAUUUUGGCAUCCCCAUUUCCAUUCUGGUGAUGGUCCUCGUGGAUUACUCCAUCACAGACACCUACACCCAGAAGCUGACGGUGCCCACGGGGCUCUCCGUGACGUCCCCUCAUAAGCGCACGUGGUUCAUCCCGCCCCUGGGCAGUGCCCGUCCUUUCCCGCCCUGGAUGAUGGUGGCAGCUGCCGUCCCCGCCCUCCUGGUCCUCAUCCUCAUCUUCAUGGAGACGCAAAUCACUGCGCUCAUCGUCAGCCAGAAGGCUCGCAGGCUGCUCAAGGGCUCCGGCUUCCACCUGGACCUGCUGCUCAUCGGCUCCCUGGGGGGGCUGUGUGGGCUGUUCGGGUUGCCCUGGCUCACGGCUGCCACUGUCCGCUCGGUCACGCACGUGAACGCACUGACUGUUAUGCGCACAGCCAUCGCGCCCGGCGACAAGCCCCAGAUCCAGGAGGUGCGGGAGCAGCGGGUCACCGGAGUGCUCAUCGCCAGCCUCGUGGGCCUGUCCAUCGUCAUGGGGGCUGUGCUGCGCCGGAUCCCCUUGGCUGUGCUCUUUGGGAUUUUCCUGUACAUGGGGGUCACGUCCCUGUCCGGUAUCCAGCUCUCCCAGCGUCUGUUGCUUAUCCUCAUGCCGGCAAAACACCAUCCCGAGCAACCCUAUGUGACCAAGGUGAAGACGUGGCGGAUGCACCUGUUCACCUGCAUCCAGCUGAGCUGCAUCGCACUGCUCUGGGUGGUCAAGUCCACGGCGGCCUCACUCGCCUUUCCCUUCCUGCUGCUGCUCACGGUGCCCCUGAGACGCUGCCUUCUGCCCCGGCUCUUCCAGGACAGGGAGCUGCAGGCGCUGGACUCCGAGGAUGCCGAGCCCAACUUCGACGAGGACGGCCAGGAUGAGUACAACGAGCUACACAUGCCCGUGUGACCCCCCCCACUGGGGUGCCCCUCAGAGACCCUGACACUUUAGUGAUCCACACCUGGGCCCAGGGCCGGCGGGCCCCUCAUGACCCAGAGACGUGCGGGAACCACUAACGCCGCGGCCCGCGGACUCUGCCCAGGGCCCUGACCUUGGCGCGCCCGGGCCCUCGCACAGACCAGACCGGCACAGGCUUUGAGCUCAUUAUAACCACACUCCGUGUCUUGUGUCCGCCUCACUUUCUUGGUUCCACCUCUGGUCGGUCUGGUCAUUCUUAUCCAACUGGAAUUAGAAGAAUUCUAUGUUCAGGGUCAUCAAAACCAGGGAGAGAGGCUCGGGCAAGGACAGAAUUCUUGGGGCGGCGGGAAGGGAGGGACUCAAGACCACAGAAGGUCAGAGCUGGACCUUAUCAUCACCCCCCGCCCCCCAGCCCUUGCAGGUCCAGCUGGGGAGCGGGGGAGGCUCAAGGUCUGGCUCAAGGUCACCUGCUGCUGAUCUACCCCCUGCUGGGAAGGGAGGGUGCGGGGGAGGGGACAGGGCCAGGUCGCUUUGCCUUCACCUUAGAGAAAUCAGUGUCCCGGUGGCUGUGGGGCUAUGGAAGGGAAUGGAAAAUGUUUUCUUUUCUUGAUCCCCGGCCUUCUUGAGGAGCAGGGACAGUAGCCCAGUCCCCCAGACGCCAGGGUGGGGCCGGAUUUGGGGUCCCUGGACCAUUUUAGUCUCACGGUUUUAGAGCAGCAGCGUGGGGAUUCCUGAGGCCACUCCUUGUGCAACAGUCUGUUCUGCCAGAAAUAACCUGGGAGGCCUUGAAGAGGGUGCAAACUGGGAGCCCCUUGCGUCACAGUUGCUAGGCAACCAGUCGCCAAGGGAAGCCGGUGGUCCCCGUGUUGCCCCCACGUGGCCACUGUGCCGCACUGCGGGCCCUGUCGCCUCCGCGCAGGAGUAGCACUGCCAUCUGGUGGACCAGCUGGAUCUCUUGGUCCCAGACCCCAGUUCCAGCAAAUUCCAUGCCUCCUUGGGAGACAUGGAGGGGCCAGAGAGGUUCCGGGGAGGUUCUGGGGGGUUCCACGGUGCUGCGGGGCCCUGAGCAUCCAGAGCGGGCUUCCCUCGGCCCCACCUGGGCUGGCCCUGCUUCUUUCUCGAUUCCAGUUUCGUCCCUGCUGUUCAGGCCAACAGCUAGAGCCCCCAAGCGGGUCAGCAGGAAGGGGAGAGACCCCUGCGAGGAAAGGGAAGAGAUGUGCCCUCCAGAGGUCCCGGGCUGUCAUUCAGCUUUCAGCAUUCUGUUCCAGCCGGCCCCUGGGUCCCUGGCCCCCUGGUGGCCUCUGACUCCACCUGGCCUUUGGUUGGCUCCUUUGGCCUGUGUGAAGACAAAAUCCUUUUUCCUUGACAUUGGCCAAGUCCAGGUGGAACUGCAGAGGAACUGUGCCAGGAGCAAAAGUUGAGGUUAAGCACAAAAACCUAGAACUCAGACGAGUGCAGAGCAGAGUCUACACGAGAUGGCAGGGGCCCCACGCCCAGGUGGCCUUGGCCGAGAGGCUUUGUGUGCAAGACUCUGUCCCUUUCCUGAGCCCCGUCAGGUAGCCUGGCUCCACACCGGGCCUUGGUGGCAGCCAGUUUCCCCGUUUGGCCUGGGGGAUGCUGGGACCCCACAGGAAAGAACCUGCUCCUUCCUGAGCCCCUGAGGGGAGGUGGUGGCCGGAGCCAGGAAAGCUCGGCUCUUCCUUGGACACAGGUUGUCAGUCACCUCUGGCAAAUGGCUGAGAAUUGGGGGGUGUUGCUCAACUGGGAAGUGAGAAACCAGAGGGUGGGGGCUUUUCAAAAGGAAUGUGUCUUGGUCCCGGCUGGCGUGUCAGGGUGGCCUUCAGUAAAACUAGGUGCUGGGGCCUCAGAACAGGAGGUGAAAAGAUAGAACCAGAUCUAACCUCUGGCUAGUGAGCGUGUCACCCAGUGUGGAAGGACGUGAAUAAGGCCGGAGAGUCUGGAACCCUGAAGACAGCCACCACUGGCACCCACCUUUACUGCCCCCGAGGGAGGGAAGGCAGGUGCAGGUGCACGCUGGGGGUGCCGGGGAUUCCUUCCUCACCCAGGGUGGGGGCCUGAUGGGGCUCCAAGAGGCCUGUGGAGGUUGCAGUUACCCGAAAGUUUGCCAGGAUGGGUAGGUGCCUUGAGGGGGGCAGGGGAGGGAGUGACAGUGGGGCGGGGUUAGGCAUGGAGGAGAGAAAGGCCAGGACGGUGGAACAGUGGCAAGCCCAUAGAAAGGCACCUGGCUUGGCUGGGGACCUGGAUGAUUAGUUUGUCCCCAAUCGUUCGUUCGUAGCCUGUUUCCUCUGACUUUAUCUUUACUGACUCUCUAGCCUCAUUGUUCUGGGGCCCUGGGUGGCUCCAUUGAGGACGUCUCCUUCCAGGGGAAGGAGAGGGAACCAGCAGGGAGGAGGCCCAUCCGGCCCCAUCUGGUGGCACAGCUCUGGGGGACUCUGAUGAGGUCCGAGGCCAUGGUAUUUUGGACGGGCCCCGCUGCUACCUGCCUUAGACUGGAAGCCGCUUGGCGAGUGGGCACAUGCGAGGUGGGACAGGACCCUUCUAGAAAGGAGAAUUGUGGGGCCGUGGGAUUAUUAGCUUUCUGCACAGGAUUGCAGUCGCCUCCUGGGCAGCUGCCCAGAGCUCUCCUUCUCAGACGGGUUUGGGCCCACGUCAGGGCCAGAGAAGUGCUAACUCAUUCUUUUACUUUGAGCAAAGAGGGCGGCUGGCACCUCCUCAUUCCAUGCUGGGGAUUCAGCUCACUCAGGAUGUCUGUGUCCUCGUGAAAGCUUCUGGCUGUCGGAGCUCACAGACCAUCUGCUUGCAUUGCCUGGGCCCCUCCUCCAGGGCACCGAACCUGGCAGUAAUGUGUCCCAUUUGGCAGCCCGUGUGACAUCUCUUCUGGUAUCAGGUGACUCAAAUAAUGAUCAUGCCUGUUGACACUUAGAGCUUCUAAAGGGAAUUCUGAGUAGCGACGGAAAGGCAAAGCAGGGCUCAAGGACACCCGUGGCGAGCGCUGCCUGUGCAGCUGGUGAUGAAGCCUUUGCUGGGAAAAAUAAAACGGGUUCUGGGUAAGCACCGAACUGUGGCUCGAAUCCAGUGAGGCACAUGGGAAACCCAAAGUGAGGAAUCUGGUUUCCAGAUAAAUAAAUUCUGUAACUGCCAAAAAGA